GAACAAAGCACUGAUAAGUGAUAAUGGAAUGAAUGCGUAAUUUUAGACGUUCCAAAAGACGAAUUCGCGUUCAUAUUUUCGUUUACGUAACGAUAAAUAGCUGUUUUUGAUCGUAAACCACUACUUUUAUCUAUCAUAAAUUUCGAGAGAAAUCAUAAAUUUGUACGCGAUCGGUAGCAUUAUCGUGAAAUAGUCGUACAAAGUUGGGUACGUACAAAUGAGUAAUGGUCAACCAUGUUGGUUAAUCCGAAAGAAGUUCUUAUCGCCAACGCUUUCUGGACUACCGAGCAAUCGACUCUGUACUUCGUUCUACAGAAACGGAAAGGCUAUGGUGAAAGUAACCGAAGUUUAUCUGGUAUCUUAGUCGGUACUUUCGACAGCGUCCUUGAUAGAAAACCUCCACCGUUUAGAAUUCUACACCAGACUCCAAAUUCCGAAGUUUAUUACGAAAUAGCAUGUUCGUUAACUCUGCAAGAAAUCGAGAAAGAUUGGGACUGGUUGCAGAAAAAUCUAAUGUGUCUGACUGCUUUUGAAAAAGAAGAAGAAGUUACCGAAUUCGUAUGCUGUAAAGUUCGAUCUGUUGUUGCUAAUAACGAUGCUCCUGAUCUUAUUACAGACGACGAUGAUUCUUUUAAAAAUACCUCUUACAAGUUUUCAAGAUUAUUUAAUAUGCCAGCUGAAGAGAAAUUGGUCAAUUAUUAUUCCAGCAGUUAUUGGAGAGGUCCGAUGUUCUAUCAAGGAUGGAUGUAUUUAUCGAUAAAUCAUCUAUGUUUUCACGCAUUUAUUCUGGGAGUGGAGACCAAAGUAGUGAUACGUUGGACUGAUGUGAUCGAUUUGAAGAGAUCGAAAAAACACAUACUACACGAUACCAUCAAAGUUACUACGAAGGAUCAGCAGAAACAUUAUUUUUCUGUCUACAUGCGAAAAGAUGAAAUAUUUUCUCUUAUGCAGCAACUGAUGAAUAUCACGAUGAGACAACUAAUUGAUGAAAAAAUAGGCUUCGAUGAAGAUAAAGAAUUAUUAAACAAGCUUAGUAAAAAUGUAAAGAAGAAGCCUUCAUUUUUGAAACGUGAUCUCGAUGCUAGAGCCAUCUCCGAAGGAUACAGGCUUCUAUUUCGUCUUCCAGUUUCUGAAAAAUUAGAUGGCAGUACGGACGCCAAUCUGUUUACUCCCUACAAUAAAAAAUACAACUGCGGCACUAUGUUUUUAUCGCAGAAUUAUUUAUGCUUCGAUAGCAAGGUACCUAGAUUGGUAUCUUUGGUUAUACCGUUACGCGAUGUUAGUCAAGUUGAAAAAGUCGAGAAUAACUCGAAUCCUGAUCUUCAUAAGGCGAUUUCUAUAUCGAUGAAAAGCGCCUCUAAACCUGUAUUUUUGUUUUCGAGGAUUAAAGAUCGUGAUUUUCUCAUUCGAAAGUUAUCAGAGCUUUUGUCUAAAAUAUCUGUUUCUGAAAAAGUAAUGGAUGAAAAUGCGAACGCAACUGGAAGUAGAGGUGAAGGAGACGAUGCGAUGCAAGGUUUAUUCCUCAAAGUUUAUCAAAAAUCACUACCACCAGAUGUAAAAGCCAAGCAAGAAUUACGAGAAAAACAAUGGGAAUUGCAUUUUAACGACUACGGUCGAGGUGUUUCAAUAUACAGGACGAACGAAUUAUCUACUUUGAUUCUUCAAGGCGUUCCUGAUUCGCUGCGUCGCGAAGUGUGGAUGAUUUUCUCCGGUGCUUGGAAUGAAAUGGCUGCGAAUACAGAAACGUACAAAGAACUACUGCGCAAAUCUUCAUCUGUUAUUUCUACAACCAAUGACGAAAUUGAACGUGAUCUCCAUCGAUCUUUACCAGAAUACCCUGCUUAUCAGACCGAUGCCGGCAUUGGUGCUUUGAGACGUGUUCUGAAAGCAUACGCUGUUCGGAAUCCGCAAAUAGGAUAUUGUCAAGCUAUGAAUAUAGUCGCGUCUGUUUUACUCAUCUAUUGCACGGAAGAAGAAGCUUUCUGGUUAUUGGUUUGUUUAUGCGAAUAUCUCUUACCAGAUUACUACAAUAACAAAGUGGUCGGAGCUUUAAUCGAUCAAGGAGUCAUGGAUGAUUUAAUCGCCGAAUAUUUACCUGCGUUACACGAGACGUUGAAACGAUUAGAUAUGAUAAGAAUGAUCUCGUUAGCUUGGUUUUUAACUAUUUUUAUCAACGUGAUGCCUUAUAAUAGCGCUGUAAACAUUAUGGAUGCAUUUUUCUUCGACGGUGCCAAAGUUAUAUUCCAAGUCACUUUGACUGUUUUGGAGGCUAAUCAAGAGAAACUAAUUCAAUGUUCUGAUGAUGGGGAAGGUAUUCAAAUUUUGACGAAAUAUUUACAAGGGGUUUAUGACGAAUCUACUGACGAGGUUGUUGUUCUCAAGGAAAGCAUUAAAAGUGAGAAGAGUGUUUCAGUUAGACGAUUAUUGUUCGAUUCGUACGUAAAAUACGGUAAAUUGACCACCGGAUACAUCGAGCAACUCAGAUCUAAACACAGAGUUCAUACGGUUCAGUCUUUGGAAGAUGGAAUCGGUAGAAAUGUCGUUAGAAGUGUUUGUCAAGAUGGAUUUUUCGAAAUGAACGAACUUCAAGAAUUACUGAAUUUGGUCAAAGAAGAAAUAUUCAACAUGCAAAGAAAAUUCAACAUGUCUGUUCGAAAACGAACUACGUCGGUAGAUACCUGCCACGAAGAACCAGUCGUUCCGGAGAAGCAAAUAAAUUACUGCGAUUUGAUCAAAUACGAUUCCUCGCAACCAGUUUAUAAUUCCUAUCAAAUUGAUUUCCAGCUUUUUAAGCUGUUUUAUGUGAGCAUAUCGCCUUGGGGCAAAGCUAGCACUGCCGAAGAUCUAGCUGCACGUUUGUUCAGAGUUUUAGAUCACGAUAAAGAUGGUUUCAUCAAUUUCAAGGAGUUUGUCCGUGCCAUAGGUCUGAUGAGUAAAGUCGAAGCAUCGCAGAGACUGACUCUACUUUACAUAUUGCAUUUAUCUCCUAUUUUACCCGCUUGUGAUCUCCGCAGAGAUAGCGUUUCUGGCAUCGAAGCUGAAGAAGUAGCUACCGACGCCGUGGAAUUUUUCGAAGACGCGAGUAGUCCCGUUGUUACUCCUGUUUCGUCUAAUCAAUCAACUCCAACUUUCGAAAGAUUCGUUGAUUUUAAUCCCACCACCAAUUCAGGUACCGAAAACGACGAAGAUUCCGAAUUAUGUAGUCUAAGGUCAUUCCGUUCAUUACUUGAAAAUCGUAUCAGCCGUUCCGACACGAAAGCGUUGCCUAAAAUGGAUAAGAAACAUUUCUGCGCUUUAUGGGAAACACUUUACGAUAUCUUUGAGACUGAACCCGACCCGAGUAAUUUGUACGCCGCUUUAUCGACAAUCGGUUCGAUGCUUUUCAAUCUGGGAGAAGCGACGGAAAAGUUCAUGAUGAAAGAAAUGUCGUCUUCGAAUUUAGACGAGGCUUCAAUCAAAAAAGAUGGAUGGCGAAUCACGGCCGAACAGUUCAUAGCGACUGCGCUGACGAGCAGUCCGGUAAGUGAUUAUUUCAACAGGCAAAUCAACCUCAUCGAAGUAAUCUCACAAAUAAAAGAAAGAAAAAUCCAAUCGCUGUAUAGUCUAACGGAUUUAGCCUAAAGCGUCCGUUUUGGCUCUACAAUCUACUAAAUAUUAAUUUCCAAGGACAUCGAUUUGGAAAAUUUCCCGUUGCUGUGAUACUAAUAGGAUGUUCGGUUUCAUGAUUUUCUUAUUACAUCAUUAAAUUAUGUAUUUCGUCACCUGGUGACUGCAAAAGUAGACGCGGCCAGUUUAUUCUGUGAUUAAAAAUGUUUAUUUUAGCCUAGGCACAAUUUUUUUUCUAUUUUAUUUUAUUUUUUUAAAAAACUUAUUAUAUUCUGUACGAAUAUUUCGUUUUAUAUUAUGUACCAUGCUGUCGAUGAGCAAUAAUUUUGUAAAUGUUAAUUAAAACAUUGUAUCGUUAUUUGUUUA